AGAAAAGCGCGACGGUGGAAGGAAGAGGGAAAGGAAGGGAAAAGCCGUACGAGAGAGAAAGGAUUGCGUUAUAGAAGGGGAGCGGAGGAAAGCACGGAGACUGCGUGAGAGUGGGAAAACGUGGCUAUAGGGGGUGAGGUGGAGAAGCGAUAGAGCGAGAUUGGCGGAGAGAGGGAGGCACCGACAGAGACAGAGAACGAGGGGUUGGUUUGCCGAGCUCAGUUACGCCGCGCCCCUUGCGAUGAGCGUUACACCACACGAGUGAGAUCGCGUUGUCUCCGAGAGGGCGAUUCUCUUCUCUUCUCCAUACAUACGCGCACUACACGCUUUUUUCCCCCCCUCUUUCAUGGUGGUGCGAAUAACGCGGCGCGAUUGACGCGUCGAAAAGCUAGGGAAAACUUCUCGCCUCGUAAGGAAACAGGUAGCGCAUUAGGUGCACGUGUUUCCCCAUCGGAGAAUUAACAAUUGACUUUGUCGACAUCCGCGCUAAGUCUCCCCUUCUUCAUCACAAAAACACUGCCAGAAUAAUUCUGUCGAACUACGCAUGAAUAUCUUGGAGUAAAAAAAAAAAAAAAGACGAGGAAAUUGCAAGAUUCCGAUAAUUUCACGCGGAAAUUAAGUGAAGGAGAACAAACGGUUGGAGGAGGUGCGAACAUGUAUACUGAUAAAUUAUACAUAUUCCUUGAUUUUGUGUAUAACACAAACAAUGUAGUUUCUAAUUAAUAUUGGUGACCAGGUGAUGGUUUAUUCUCGUGUAAAUAUUCGAUCGCUCGAGAGACAUUCUCCAAGGCAAAGUACCGUUUAAAUCAAAAUAAUUCAGUCGUAAAACUGUGCAAAUCGUCGUCGAGAAAGAACUUAAACUUCUGCUAUUUGAAUAUAAAGCUAAUUUAUAUUACCGUGGAGAGGACAAAUGCUCGCAACAAUGUAGUGGUAAAGUUUUAACAGAUAAAACUUUAAAAAAGCCAACAUGAACAUGAUUGAGUGAAUGCGUGAAUUGCGUCUGAAAAAGUUUUCGAGUAGGAAGAUAUAAGAUAGUUGAAACUUUCAAAAUCUUGGCCAGACAGAUCUGAAUUGGAUGAAGCGAAAUUAAGAAGCGAUUCGGUUUCGAGACCAAUCUAUCAAAGUGAAUCUAAUAAAGAUACCUGAGCUCGUUAUAUAAUUCUAUAACGAGAUUAGAACAAGAUUGCAAUACGGCGAAGUGGCCAAUAUUACGUUAAAUGGAAUGAAGUGUUACGUUUCACGUGCCGUUGAGGGAUAUCCUAGAAAGUUCCACAGUAUCCAGCAUGCAAGAAUGACGAUGUUGAGGCCGCGGUACACGGGCCGCAGCAGCGGAAAUAGAUAAGGCAGCAGCCGGUCGGGCCGCACGCCGAGCCAGUCAUGUGUAGUGUCAUGUGGCUUCUUCGGCUUCUGACGAUCUACCGCUUGGCUCACCUCUCGGCAUCCGGCACGCAGACAGAACUGCCUCUGGCGACGGACUCGAUUUCGACGAAAUCGACGACGGCGGCGAAGCGAUCCGUGCCGACGGAUGCACCAAUGCUGAACUACAUCUUUGACACGCACAGCACUCUGAAUAAGCAUCAGCAUCAUCACGAUCACAAAUGGGGUCCUCACUUCGAAGGCGAGAGCUCCAACAUUACGGUGCAAGCUGGUGCUAGUGUCACGCUUGAUUGUAGGAUAUCGUUGCUGCAGGACAAAACCGUGUCCUGGCUGCGACGGCAGGAGAGUAGCGAGAAGAUGAGUCUGUUGACAGUCGGCCAGCACACAUACACGGGCGAUUCGAGAUACACCAUCGAAUUCCAGUACCCGGACAACUGGCGUCUGCGUAUCAAGCGUGUGAACAGCAGCGACGAGGGCCAAUACGAGUGUCAGAUCAGCACCCAUCCACCAAAGUUCAUUCAUGUCAACCUACACAUUAACGCACCGUCCGUCCAAAUAGUGGACGCCUUGGGCGAACCACUGCGGGACAAAUACUAUGAAGCUGAUAGCACCAUUGAACUAUUGUGCGUCGUGCGUCAUAUAGCGAUGCAGGUGCAAUACAGCGUCGUCCAGUGGCUCCAUGGCAACAGAGUCUUGAACUACGAUACGACGAGAGGCGGUAUCAGCGUGAAAACGGACCUGAUGGAAGAGGGGGCCAAUUCGACUCUCAGCAUAGCUAAAGUCGGACCUACGGAUAGCGGAAAUUACACCUGCCAGCUUACCACCAUGCCGGACCAACCCGCCACGGUUCACGUGCACGUUUUAAACGGAGAAAGUUUAGCCGAGUUACAUCAUAGCGGUGCACAGCUCGCUCGAGCGGAUGCCGCUAGCUCGUCGCUUUUCUUCCUGGCCGUCAUUCUAGCCCGAUCGGGUCAGGUGCUCAGAUGAAGGCUCGACCAACUUCCUCCGGGUGCCACGAGAGCCCGGGUUAGCGAGAGAGCAUUUCGUGACGAUGACAAAGAGACAGUGCUCCACAACGGAGGUGAACGAGACGUUGUCACUUGUGCGUCAUACGAACUUUUCUAUCAUCGUGAUGAGAGUGGACACGAGGGCCAAAGAGGGGAGGAGUGUGUUACGUUAACAUAUUGCGUUGACAUAAGGGACAUAGGUGAAACAGAGGCGGUUGGCUGCGGUUGUCUUGGAAACGUUAUUCUAAAACGCGAUAUAGAUCGCUCGACCUUCGCGAGAUUUGGGGCGUGUCUGUAUCGCGAAAUAAUACCUUCGUCAAUUUUCAACGCGACUUUAUUCGAGCGAUUGUACCUCGGGAUUUAAAUUUUUCACGCGGGAUAGACACCCCAGUGAAUUGAUCGCUCGUCAACGUUUCUUCCAUAUCCAAUUAAUUCGAAUCUCAGAACUACAAGCUAUAUCAUAUACUUAUUUAUGAAAGUAGUACGGAUUUAGUGACUAUUUAUCGGUGACGGGUCGUUCAUGAAUGUGCCUAUCCCUAUCUUCCUUAUCUCGGCUCGUUUACGAAUUUCGCUCCUGCGAAAUGUUCAAACGUUGAACGCUUCUGUGCAACAAGACGCGCGCAUACUGAUUAAAUUACCGCAAGUAUGACACGCUACUUAUCAGAUGCGAGGCAAAUUAUUCGGGUCAUUGUGAAACGAUACGACGACGCUGUUAACAUCGAUCGUGCUGUAUUCGACGCGCGUUUGAUUAUACUCGAUAUUAGCAUCUCACCAAGUUGUUUCUAGCCCAUUCGCUCUCGCAACUAGAGAUGACCAAAGCUACGGUAAAAUCAUAAAUCUGCGUAUCGAAUAACCAAUAACCGGUAAACAAUAAAGGCUCGGGGCACAAACCGAGCUGGAGUGGCUGCUAUCGCGUAUCACUAUGGCUGUGAUAAUCGAGACAAAUUGCGCUGUUCGAUUCGGCCUCCAUCCAUCACUAUUCGCACCAUUAUAUUACAAAAUUCUCUGUAUCCACUGGAGCAUUUUUUUUUUUAACGCAGAACGAGUGUGAGGAUUAACACGGAACUCGUAAAUUUUUCAAUUAACAGGAUCACGAGCUUCCAUCGUUUUAUCCAAUAAUAUUCUUUUAUUAGUGAUAAUUAAAAGGCAGCAAAUUUCCCAUUGAAGAUAUCGAAACAUCGGUUAUCGGACCAUCGGAGAAUCGCCUAUCGAUAAGAAGGUUUGUUGAAUAUUCUGAGAUUAUUUAAAUUAUUAUAAUAAAUUAUUAUUGUUAAUUAUUAUU